AUCAAUCCCACAAUCCCCACACACCGGUAGUGUAUUCAUUUGAAUGGUAAAACUCUGAAAACGGAGAGGAGUCGGCUUUGAGUUCAACACCGUUUUUCACGUUUUAUUUUUUCGGAUAUACACGCGUGGAGCUCCCGUGACACCUCACAAGAUGAAUCGCGUCCCUUAUUAUGGCAGCUGGUAAGCAUGUUUGGCCACGGGAAGUCUUUAAGGUCAACCAGAGUAAAUCCAAUGGCUUUCUGCGAUCCUGCCUGCAGGUUUCUGCUGAGAAGAACAUGAAGCAGGUGGAUAUUAUUAAUAAGGAAGAAUUAGAUAAAGACAGAUUUCAGGUGCACAGAGUACACAGUCCAGGCAAAGCGAAGCGGCUGUCAUCCUGCAAGAGGAAGGGUUGCGCGUUGGCGGAGGUGGGCAUAAAGCUGCACCGCGGCGCCUCAGAUGUAGGCCUCUCCUGUGAUCCCGGCAUGGCCAACAAAGAAAAUGAGCUGACGUGCUCCGACGACGUGCGGGGCAUUCACUGCAAUGACAGCCGUGGGCUCCCGGUGAACUCUGCGGAGGCCUCCAAGAUGGCAGGGGCCAGCUCCAAGUACAGCGACUUUACCGAGCUAUCGAAGGACCACGAAGCUAUGACUCACGUCCUUUUUGGAAGGAAUCUUCGACUUAAAGUGGCCCUAACACUAUGGCGAAGAAAUGCCAGUGAAUUAGUGGCCUACCUGUUAAGAAUUCAAGACACAAGUGUACUGCUUGACUGCUUACCUGUCUUAACAACCAACCUUCAAACUGAAGCACCAUGUUUGUCACUUGGCUGCUGCGUUGACCUCAUGCCCCAAGUCAAAGUGAUUCUUGGCAGUAAAUAUGAAGAACACAUAACGGUGGGUUUACACUGGGUUCAAUCCGUCAUCAGGAAAUGGUGGCCAGAACUUUCUAAAAAUGAGAAAAGACUGCGGGACAGUUGUUCAGAAGACAGGAAUAUUGAAGUCAUGAAGCAGCGACUGAAAGACUUGUGGAAGGAAGGAGCCCGAUUGUGUUUGGUUCCAGGAUCUACGGGAGAACUGGCAAAGGCCGUCGAGGCUUAUCUAUCACAGCUGCCCUGACAGUUGACGAUGUAGCACACACAGGAUGUGACCACUACUGCCAAUUGCGGCUGUGUUUCGAGCUGAUAAUGACGCCAGAAAAAACGGACUGGUUCGUACCGCUACUCAAACCUCUUAACUGGGACUGAACUUGACAAUUCAGACAACUCGCUCAGUUGGAGCUGGAGACACUUAAAGGAGGGCCGCGAGAGCCUUCCUGCACAGCAAAUGACUGCUUCACAUUGAAGUGGACCGUCUUGUGAAGGGGCAUGUUUAGUGGACCUCCACGAGACCGGGUGUAAUGUCGCUCUAUGAAGUGCCAAGCUCUUUGUCUCUCACUACACCACUCUUCGCCAUGGAAUGCAAAUGCAUGUGUGGAUGUUAUGAAUGCGUCACUGUUUUGAUGUUUUGUUUUUUGUUUAUUGGCGUCUGGAUUCUCCGGAAUCAGGAACUUGAAUCAGUCUUUAAGUUAUUAGCGCUUGUCUUCUUGUUUUCAUGCCUCUUUGUAUGUCAUUUGACUGUAAUAACGUACAAUGUUAAAAACAAGUGAUUCUUUUAAACUUCUUUUAAAUAAAUUUGAUAAAAAUCUCAA